GUAAAAACUCAGUAUCAGUUCCGAAUCAGUGCAGUUCCAACGCAGCACUGAUUCAGUUGAGAAGAAACCUCUUGUUGCCUGGCAUUGUGCAUAGAGUGUAAGACACACUAGACAUUGGGAAGCAAAGGAAAGAGAAGUAUUAUCAAUUUGCCAAGGAAACAGUUACAGAUCAAGCACCGGACAUUUUAGCGGAGAGCGAGGAGAACAACAAGGAAAGUAUGAGGCCGAAGGUUAUUCGUUAUAAGAAAAAAGAAAGACGCUUGUACAGUAAGGGUUUAUAUUACGACACGGAUACUGACGACGACGCUUUGUCCAGUGAUACAGAGGAGGGCGAAGUCUUGGUUUUGGAGGACGAAGACAGUGAGAGUUCCGAAGAUGAAUCAGACAAAGGUGAUUAUGACAUAUACAAGAAGUUGAAGGAAGCUAGGGCAAGGAAAAACAUGUCCGAGAUUCGCAAACUUGAGAAGGUCAAGAAGAGAAUGAUAGCUUCGUGGCGCAAUAGGAAGCUUAGCGUCUGGGAGAUGGCCAGGCGAAUUACAGUCUACCAUGAAACCGAAGAAGAAAGUUACGUAGUACGUCGUUGCGAAGAAACAUUUGAAGCGCACCAUCAGGCUUGCUGGUAUGAAAGUUCGAUACAAGUCAAUCCGCGAAUGAAAAAGGAUAUACGCGCGGCGAAAGCGAAAGAAAAGUCUAAGGGCCGCGGGAUGAAACAUCGAGGUGGAAAGACUCCUAAAGCAAAAGCCAAAGCUAUGAAAAGGAAGAGAAUCAAGUUGCUUUUAUCUCUUCUGUAGAAUAGAAAUGAUUGUUAUAAUUAUUUUAUCUAAACAUUUGCAUAAUGCAAUAUUUGUGUUUUUUGUUCAAUUUUAAAGAUACGAUACUCUAUUCAACGCCAAACUUUAAAAUUUUUAGUUUACAAACAGAUCGAAUACAUUAGACGAGCGACAAUGUAUAAUGUUUUCAUUUGCUAUAGAAUUGUAUAAUACUAUUUAAAAAUAAAAAGUCACGUAACACACUA